AGGGGAAUGAACACGCGGAUGAUCAGCAGGAACUGCGGGAAAAAUAGAGAAAGACGAGCCUUGUGAGCGCGGACAGGACAAGACAAGAGGACGACUGGAGCGAGGAGAAGCGGCCAUUACAGUCAACAUCCAGCCGGGAACACACACACACACACACACACACACACACAGUGUAGUGAAGGAGAAGGAGGAUGUGAUUACACUGAGAGGCAGAAAACGGACAGCCCACUGCGAGCACCUCCUCUCUCUCUCUCACACACACACACACACACAUCCCAUUCGCCGGUGAGGACGCAGGAGGAUCAGACUUUCAGCAGCAAUGCGCCUCUGGUUUCCGCAUCAAAACAUGGAUUUCCACAGCCGCACCUUUUACAGGAGGAUUUGUGUCUUGAAUCUGUAAAUAUGUGAAUUACAGCAAUAUGAGGCAUUUCUAGAAACCGCUUCCAAGUCAAUUAGGCUAAUAAUAGGCGUUUGGGUGAAAGGAAACCCAUCCAGCCGAGUGUGAUAUUUGAUCUGAAGCACUGAGGAGUGAAUAAGCGGUGAAUAAAACCGGGGUGGAUUAAAGAAGUCGCCGAGGCGGACUGUCAGCUGCUCCCGGAGCCGCCGGAUUAAGCUUCCUGCUCCAGCCGGGAUCCAGGGCGCCAUGGCCGGCUUCAUCCCGGGCUUACUGCCCACUACUCACUCUCAGGAGAAGGAGUUCGCCAAAGCCUAUGAAGACGUCCUGGAAAGAUAUAAAGAUGAGCGAGACCGGGUUCAGAAGAAAACCUUCACAAAAUGGGUCAACAAGCACCUUAUCAAGGUGCGGAAGCACAUCACAGACCUGUACGAGGAUCUUCGAGAUGGACACAACCUCAUCUCUCUGCUGGAGGUGCUGUCUGGAGUUACGCUGCCCAGAGAAAAGGGCCGCAUGCGAUUCCAUCGACUGCAGAACGUGCAGAUUGCCUUGGACUUCCUCAAACAGAGACAGGUCAAACUGGUCAAUAUCCGAAACGAUGACAUCACAGACGGAAACCCAAAGUUAACUCUAGGCCUUAUUUGGACCAUCAUCCUCCAUUUCCAGAUCUCCGAGAUCUAUGUGAGUGGUGAGUCAGGGGACUUGACAGCCAAGGAAAAGCUUUUGCUAUGGACUCAAAAGGCCACCGAGGGCUACCCUGGCAUUCGCUGCGUCAACUUCUCUUCCAGCUGGAGCGAUGGACGCAUGUUCAAUGCCCUUCUGCACAGAUACCGGCCAGACCUGAUUGACAUGGAGCUGGUGGCACGCCAGAGUAACCGUGACAACCUGGAGCAGGCGUUUGAGAUCGCAGAGUCUCUAGGGGUGACACGACUUCUGGAUGCUGAAGAUGUGGAUGUACCAUCGCCGGAUGAGAAAUCGGUCAUCACAUACGUGUCCUCAAUCUAUGAUGCCUUUCCCAAGAUCCCAGAAGGAGGAGAAGGCAUCACGCCACAAGAGGUUGACCAGCGUUGGGCAGAGUACCAGUCUCAUUUCUCCUCGUUGUUGCAGUGGACGAGGCAGCACACAGCCCUCAUGGCCAACAAGAACUUCCCCCAGAACCCUGUGGAGCUCAAGGCACUUUAUAACGAAUACGUCCACUUCAAAGAAACGGAGAUUCCUGCUAAGGAGACGGAGAAGGGGCAGAUCGAACACCUUUACAAGUUGCUGGAGGUAUGGCUCGAGUUCGGACGCCUCAAACUUCCACAGGGAUUGCACCCGAACGACCUGGAGGAGCAGUGGGGGAAACUGAUCCUGGAGAUGUUGGAGAGAGAGAAGGCACUGCGGCCUGCUGUGGAAAGACUGGAGUUACUCCUCCAGAUGGCUAAUAAGAUUCAGAACAUGGCUGUGGACUGUGAGGAGAAACUGACCCUGGCCAAGAACACACUGCAGUCGGACAUGUCUCAGCUGGAGAGAGGAGAACAAGCGCGCUGUGAGCAGGAGCUGGGUGCGUACCUGCAGGACUGCGAGGCUCUGGUCCGCCAAAUGCAGCUGGACCUGCAAAUCCUCCGAGAGGAAAAGUACUACCAAGUAGAGCAGCUGGCCUUCAGAGUGACCCGUCUGCAGGAGGAGCUGGUCUCCCUGCGACUGCAGUGCUCCAGUGUUUACAGAAAAGGCCACUUCCUUUCAGGAGGAACGACGGGAGAACAGACUCAGAGGCUCUCCUCGGGGAGCUUGGCCACGCUUGGAGCUCAGACAUUGCUGGGCGCAGCAGGCGUCAUGGCGAACCUGCUCAGACGGCCCAUGUCUCGCUCCGAACUGGUGGCCAUGUCCUCGUCAGAGGACGAAGGGAGCCUGCGUUUCAUUUACGAGCUUCUGGGAUGGGUAGAGGCAACGCAGGAGCUGCUGGAGCGGGCUGAGUGGGGCUCCGACCUGCCGUCUGUAGAUCAGCACUUGCAGGAUCACCACACAAUCCACGCUGCCGUAGAAGACCUGCUGCACAGCCUGAAGGAGGCUCGUAGUUAUGAGCCGAGCGUCUCUUCCAGUUUCCGAAGCAAUUAUUCCGAAACCUUGGCCAAGCUGGAGAACCAGUACUGCAAACUGCUCGAGCGUUCGUCAUGGCGACUGCGCUGCCUGGAGAGCUUGCGAGCGUUUGUGUCCCAUUGCACUGAAGAGCUCAUUUGGCUCAACGAGAAGGAAGAGGAGGAGCUGGCCUUCGACUGGAGCGAAAACAACACCAACAUGGUUGCAAAGAGAGAACAGUAUGCUGAAUUGAGGGCAGAGCUGGAGGAAAAACAGGAAGUGAUGCACUCCCUACAGGAAACAGCCGAUCAGCUGUGUCGGGAGAAUCACCCAGCCAAACAGACUGUCGAGGCCUACAGAGCUGCCUUGCAGACACAAUGGCAGUGGGUUGGACAGCUGUGUGUAUGUGUGGAGCAACAUCUCAAGGACAACACUGCCUACUUUCAGUUCAUGAGCGAUGCACGGGAGUGCGAGACGUACCUGCGACAGCUUCAGGACACCAUAAAGCGGCAGUACACAUGUGACCAAAACAGCAGACUAGGCAAACUGGAGGACCUGCUGCAGGACUCCAUGGAGGAGAAGGAACAGCUGAUCAAGUACCGUAGUUCAGUGGCCAGCCUGGUAGGGCGGGCCAAGACGGUGGUCCAGCUCCGCCCACGUAGCGCUGACUUCAUUCUGGGUACCACCACACUCAUCCGUGGCAUCUGUGACUACAAACAAAUAGAGAUCACGAUCAGUAAAGGAGAAGAGUGUGUGUUAGAAGAUAACUCGCAGAGGACGAAGUGGAAGAUUAUCAGUCCGACAGGAAAUGAGGCCAUGGUGCCAUCAGUUUGCUUCACAGUUCCACCACCCAACCAGGAGGCUAUUGACACUGCCAGCAGAACGGAGCAGCUGUACCAGAACGUCAUGUCUUUAUGGCACCAGCUGCACAUGAACAUGAAGAGUGUGGUGUCUUGGCACUAUCUGCAGAAGGACAUCAGCAACAUCUCUUCCUGGACUUUGGACACGGUGCGUUUGCAGUCUCCGUCUGAUAGGCAGCAAGCCCUGGAUCACCUCGACGCCCACCAAGCGGAUUUCCUGGCAGACAGCCGCGAGAGUGCCUUGUUUACGGCGGCCGAGAGGCGCGAGCUCGAGCAGGGAGCACGGAACUGCCACGAGCACUGCAAAGCACUGCUGAUCUCCAUGGAGACAGUGGAGAAGGAUGAGUCUGUCUCGCGCUCCUACCUCGCAGAGCUGCAGAGCAUAAAGGCUCACCUGCAAGAGGCAGAGCAGAAGCUGAUGAUUGGCAUGCAGACUCCGCCCCCUAGUGGUUUGUCAGGAGAAGGUGGAGGUGCAGCUGUUCAUAUCGCAGAGCAAGAGAAGCUGCAACAGCAUCUGAAAAGUCUGCAGUCUGAUCUGGGUAACGUGUCUCGUCGCUGUGUGAGCUUCUUCGAAGAGAAACCCUCCUCCUCCAGCGUGCCUGUGCUUCGCUCCGAGCUCAAUCUGGCUGUGGAGAAAAUCGAGCGACUCAACUCGCUGUCUUCUGUCUAUCUGCACAAGUUGAAAACAGUAGAUGUGCUGAUGAGAAGCUUACAGGCUGCUGAGCGUCAGGUGAAGAAGUACGAGGGACGAUUGAGCGAGGAGGACAUAGUUCCUGCUGAUACCACUGCCAUCCAGGCCUUGAGAGACCAGAUAAGGAACUGGCAUUCAGAGAUGAAGGAGCAGGACCACGUCUUCCAGUCUCUGAGCUCGGAGGUGCAGCAGGCACGUGAAGCAGGCACCCAGCUCAGUCAGCUGCAUGCUGAACGCAGUCCUGAGCUGGAGCGCUACCAGGAGAAAGCCCAGCAACUCUCCGAGAGAUGGAACGGAGCGCGCAGACAAAUGGAGACACGGCAAGCUGAUCUGGAGAUGAUAGGCUCAGUGCUUCAGAAGUACAGAGACGGUCACUCUGGUCUUAUCCGCUGGAUCGAAGAGACCACCGAGAAACAGGAGAACACUCAGCCCGAGCAGACGAACAGGAAAGCCCUGUCUGAGCAGCUCACCCAGCAGAUGGCUUUGGUGGCUGAGUUUGAACAGAACAACGUGAAACUGGAUGAGUGCCAGACGUACUCUAAACACUACUGCACUGCUGUCAAGGACUAUGAACUGCAGCUCAUGACAUUUAGAGCGUUUGUGGAAUCGACUCAAAAGUCUCCAGUGAAAAGGAGGAGGAUGCAUUCUUCAUCAGACGCCAUAACACAAGAGUUCAUGGAUCUUCGCACUCGGUACACAGCUCUGGUGACACUGACGACGCAACAUGUCAAGUACAUCAAUGAUGCACUGCGGAGACUUGAGGAGGAAGAGAAACAAGUCGAGGAGGAGAGACAAGCCCGUGUGGGUCAGGUCACAGACCUGCUUGGUUGGGUUAAGGGCCUUCAGGAGAGAGCUUCUGGACCAGCUGAGACAUCGCUUGCUGCACAGCAGGCAAUCAGUGAGCAGUUAGCUUCGAAAAGAGAAGAAGUUGCUGAAGCAAUCAGAAGCACACAAGUCUUCCUCCAUUCAAAACAGGCCAGCAAAUUGGCCCCUGAAGAACGUGCCCAGGUUACAUCACAGUUGGAUGAACUGAAAUCUACCUACAGCCAGCUGCGCGACCGCUCUGCUGCUCAGCUUCAACAGCUCGAAGAACAGCUGGCCAAAGAGGAGAAACGAAAGGGCCAUGAGACCAUCGCUGGAGUAAUCGAUCUUGAUACUGUGGAAACCUUCCCAAUUUUCCAGUCAGCACAGCGAGGCCUUAUAGACCAGGACACAUGCUAUGUGCUGCUGGAGGCACAGCUUGUUAGGGGUGGUCUAUUACAUCCUGAUUCCCCUCAGGGUCUUUCAUUAGAAGAGAGUUUCAGCUCUGGUCUGAUUGAUAGCCGCAUGUACCAGUCGCUGUCAGAAAUAGAAGCUGCCCUCCAUCUUGUACAACAGUCACAAUUCAUAAAGAGUCACACGAUACCAGUUGCUGCGGCUAUGGAAGCGGGCUACGUAAAAGAGCAAACUGGGCUUCGUAUCUUGGAGCUGCAAGUGAGCACAGGAGGCUUUUGGGAUGACCCCAACGAUGAAAUUCUUUGUCUUGAAAAUGCUAAAGAAAAAGGUCUCAUCUCAGGUGCUGUUUACAAGAAGUUAUGCUCUCAUCUUGAUAGGCAAGAGCUUAUUGAUCCUAAUACAGCUGAAAAACUCAGCCUAUCAGAGUUUUUUCAGCGAUGUAUUUUGAAUCAGGAGACUGGCCUGCGUCUCCUGCCAGUCAAUCACCAGUCAAGGGGAACAAUCUGCUUAAGAUCUGGUAUAAAAGUAGGCAUUUUCCGGGCAAUCCGAGAGGGACUGAUUGACCGGGAAGUUACUAUUAGACUUCUGGAGGCUCAGCUGUUUGCAGGUGGCAUCACCGAUCCCCGCACUGGUCACCGACUGACAAUAGAUGAAGCUGUGAGGCAUGGCCUUAUGGAUCAGGACUUGGCCUGUGCCUUACUGACCCACCAGUUACAAUCAGGGGGAGUCGUAGACCCUGUCAGUGGAGAGCGCCUGGGAUUAGAUGAAUCUAUCCAAAGAAACCUCCUCUCUCCUCGCAUGGCUUUAAGGGUACUUGAAGCUCUGUGGGCUUUUAUGGGCAUGUUAUGGCCAGAGUCAGGGGAGCUGCUUCCCAUCACUGAAGCUCUACAGCAGGGUGUUAUUUCAGGUGACCUAGCACGAAAAGUCUUAAACAAACGCCAUUCUGUUGGUGCAAUUUACUCUCCAGAAAGUGGUCGGUUGAUUCCUCUGGACCAUGCUGAGAAAGUUUUGGGACCAGGAGCAGCAAAGGUUCUUCAGCAGGCACAGAUUCCAGACAUUCUGCCUGCCAUGACUCAAACAGGGUUGCUGCACCACAGGGGCUCUUCCUUUUCAUCACCUUUGUCCUCUUUAGCCCCUGCCUCAUUCCCACACCUUCAAUCUGAUACUUCCUUUUUGCAGGCAUCCAGGCCCCAGGAGCAAGAUCCCCACUACCUCCUCUCUUACCUUAUGACCCACAGCUACAUAAAUGCUCACUCAGGAGAGCGUCUGGUCUUGCAGGAACCUGAACUGAUGGAGCUCAUUAAUGUAACUGGAACAACAAAAGAUCAAAACGGACAUAAACCACAGUUGGGAGAGCCCUCCGACAGAGAGACAGCAGGAGAACCGGAGUUUACGAGGCCAUUAAGUGAAACAAAGCAAGAAAACAUUCUUAUAGAGGGGAAGGAGAGUUCAACUUUCAAAAUCUCUCGAAAUGAACAAGAGAAACCUAUUGUUUUAGAAGAAAAUGAAACAAAUAUAACUAAUGUUUGUACGACUGCACUUAAGAAUGCUGUACAAACAGUUGCAGGCGUUUCUUUAAAAGAACCAAGCACUGAUAGAAUGUUAGUGAAGCACUUGGAUACAGACUCCAAAGUAUCAGAGACAGAACCUGAAACAUCACACCUAUUUGUGAAAGAUGUGAACGUGUUGAAUACUGAUCCCACAUUUCACUCACUGAGUCCAGAUAUAGAAGAAACCAGUAGGGGAGAACAAUUCCUAAGGCUGAUGGAACCAGCUUCUCGGCCUCGGGUUGAGAUGCCUACCUCGGCCUCAGACGACAACAUGCCUGGUGAAAAUGAAGUGGAAUGUGCACCGACUGUGAAGAAACCAACUAUGAACACUGCUGUCAAAACCACAAGUAAAGAUACUGUCGAAGAAAGUCAGCCUGAUCAAUUUCAUAGACAUGCCAGAGAAGGCCUACAAGUGAGGGAAGUACCAGGUGUAACUGAACAAAUCUCAGCUCAAACAGAUACGGACAAAAAUAUGGAAACUGCAGAUUUAUUAAAAAUAAAAAGCACUAUAUCUGUGGACAUUUCUGAAGAUGCAGAGAUUGACCGCAUGGCAAAGGAGUUGCUGCAGGGGGGUCUUCUGACUGCUGGGACCCAGAAAUUGCUCCUUGAUGAGGCUGUAUACCAGGAUCUGCUCCCAGGUCAUAUUGCUAUAAAGGUAAUGUCUCAAGCAGAGCUUUUUGGUGGGUUCCUGGAUGCACGUGCUUGUCGACCACUAAGCCUUGAUGAUGUACAGGAAGGCCUCCUGGAGGAAGAUUUAAUGACCAAGGUUAUCCAUUCGGAAAAGACUAUGGCUGGCGUGUUCGAUGUGGAACACAGUCGAAUAUGCUCACUAAAGGAGGCUGCUAAAGAAGGCCUUUUAGAUACAGAUACAGUAUCUCGCCUUCUUGAGGCCCAGAUUGUCUCUGGGGGAAUUAUUGACCUUGAAAAAGGCAAAAAAGUUUCAGUUGACCUUGCAGCAAAACUUGGGCUAAUAGAGGAAGAGCAAAAAGAUGAACUGCUUUUAUUAGAGAAGUCAUGUCAUGGAAAGAGUUCUGAUUCAAAUGUAAUACAAAGAAAGUUGAAACUACAGCUACAGAUGGAUGGAAUAAUAGACCCCAAAACAAAACAGCCUGUACCGCUUCAACAAGCUCUCCAAAAAGGUCUUAUUGGUCAUGAGGAAACGGAGCAGAUCCUAUUGCAACAGGUAGCUGAAGGUGGAAUCGUGCACCAUGGGUCUGGCGUUCGCCUCAGUGUUACUGAUGCAGUACAUCAAGGCCUCAUUGACAGUUCACUUGCUCCGAAACUCGAACAGUUUGAGGAGUCGAGACAAAACCAGUUUAUUUCAGAUCCAGAUGCUGCUUUUCUUCAGGCAGCUGUAGGCUUCAUUUAUGAUGCUGCUUCAAAGAGCAACCUAACAUUGACUCGAGCUAUUUCCUGUGAUGUGAUUGAUCAAGACACUGCAAAUAAAGCUAUGGAAUCUCCGACUGUAAAAAGUGGUGUUUUGGAUCCUCAGAAUGCUUGCGUUAUACCAUACUCGGAGAUGAUAAAACAGGGAAAGAUUGACAUUGAGACAGGUUGGAGAUUCCUUGAAGUAAGACCAUUCCGAGGUAUUCCAAACGAAGAAAAUGGUGACCUGAUGACUGUACCAGAAGCAGUAAAGAUUGGUCAAGUUGAUCCCAUUCCAGCAUUCAGAUUAUUGCAGAGUCAGGCAGAUUCUGGAGGUAUCGUCAAUAUUUCAAGUGGGGAAAAACUACCUCUCCUGGAUGCUGUCAAUAAAGGCCUUGUUCAAAAAGAUGUUGCCAGGGUUAUUGCUAAAAAUCAGUUUUUGAAAGGAGGCUUGGUUAGCCCUGUUGGUGGACAGAGGGUGUCUAGUUUUAAAGAGGCUGUUCAGGAUGGGUUAAUAUCAAAAGAAAUGGCUGCAGAACUUUGUGAUGACCUUGGAGUUGUCGAUCCUCUUGUGUCACAGACUGUUUAUCAAGACAGUCCUACAGUGAAGAGUUGCGAAAACAUAGACGUGAGCAAGGUGCAUUUAGACAAAAGUGAAAAGCAACACCCCAGGACUACAGAUCAUCAUAAAGAUCAAUUGAAGGCUGAUACAGAUGAACAACAACAGGUCCUUCAGCAUUCUUCAACAUCUGAAUUGGUGAAACAAAUGCAUGUGGAUGUUUCAUCAAAGGGAGUUGGGAAAGAUGCUGACGAAUCAUUAGAGGUUCUAAGUCGGUUUGCUUUAAAAGCAGAAAGAAGGCUACAGGAGGCCAUUGAAGAAUGUCGUCCUAAACAACAAAAAGCUUUAGAAGAGUCAAAACACAGACUUGUUCAAAUUCCACUAAUAUCCACGAUUGAAUCUGAAGUUGGAAAAGCCGAUGACGUGAUACUCCAGACUACAAAGUCAGAUAUCCAAAUACAGCCAGAAGUUGAAUUUGCAGGUACUAAAAUGGGCAGAAACCUGGAAAAAUAUGAGAAGAGUAGCUUCAGCAUUGUCCCAGGGACCACUCACAAGGUGCACGAUGGGCAAGCCCCAUCUGACAAAGAAAUGGAUAGAGUUAUGAAGGCAGCAGGACUGCAGUCAGUGUCUGAUACAAAGGCAAUCUGCGAAAGCGAAGAUGACACUGAUGAUAGAAAUGACACACCAAAAGCAACACUUACUGAGGGGCAACAGAUGCCUGGAAAAGAGAGAGGAAAAGGAAAACAUAAACAAACCAAAAUAUGUCCAGAAAUCAAUAAAAGGUCAGAGGUACAGCUACAAGAUACAGGUGUGACAUCACAGUUACACGGCACUGAGAACAAAAAUGGAACGCAAGUUUACUCAGCUGAAAAAUCUGGUGAGUCCAGUGUGAAUGAAGAGAAAACGGUUGGAAUGGAGUUUGAAGUUAGAACUCCAGUAGUGUAUGAAUCAUCAUCUGUAGACACGAAUGCAAGAGAGUUUGGAAGUGACGUUUUAGAUCUUGAUCAAAAAGAGGUCAAAGUCGAUCUAGAUAUUAGAAAAGAUGGUGAUACUAAACGCAGCCACAUGAUGGAAGUAAGCAUGGUUCAAAAAUCCGAACAUUGUUCAAAGACUCCUGAUAUGAAUGCAGCGUUACCUGUAUAUGGCACUGAGAAUGAGACUGUAAAAGCUGAUAUUGGCAUUGGAAGGGAAGCUGUAGUCACUGAUCAGAAAUCCGAAGAUGCAGACGUGAAAGAAGAGACUCGAGUAGAGUUGGAGGUUUUAAAACCUCCAUGUUUGAAUAUAACCUCAAGUAUAGAGAGUACAGAGAACAAAUUUGGAAAGGAAGUUGUAGUCACUGACCCGAAAUCUGAACAUGUGGCGAUAAAGAGAAAGGAUAAAGUAGAUUUUGAUCUUAUAAAAGCUGCAGAUCUGACUGAUGCCUCUCUUGAGGAGGACAUUAUGGACAAAUCUGGAACAGAAAUUAUUGGCAUUCAUCAAGAACGUGUUGAUGUGAAGGAGAAAGAGGUCGAUGUGGAAGUUCUAAAGCCUAUAUAUAUGGGCAUGACUUCACCUAUGGAAGGGAUGGAAAUCAAGUUUGGAAAAGACAUCGUAGUCACUGAUCAGAGCUCUGUAGAUGAGAAGCCGAAGGCCAAACUAGAUCUGAAGGUUCGUAAAGGUGACGGAGACGCCAAGGGCACGUCUGGAGAAGACGAUGAUCAAAAGAAUAUGGAAGAACAAAGAGAGGUUAAAAUGGAUUUGGAAGCUCUAGAAUUUCCCUGCACGAGUGUAACUUCACCUACAGAGGGCACCAAGGAAUUUGAAAAUGAUGAUCUAGUCACUGAUCAGAAAGAUGCAAACCUGAGAAAUCUGGAAGUUAUAAAAACACCAGAUAAAACUGAGGGUUCACCUGCAAAGCAUCUGGAGAACAGAUGUACAAAAGAAUUUGUUGACAAUGCUGAAGAUAUAAAAAUGGAGACACUGGUCAAAGCAGAGAUGUCAGGAGUACCAGAUACAAGUGAUACUAUUGAGUCUAUCCCAGAGGGUCUACACCAGAGAAUAGAGGUUGUGAAGAGUGACGUCUUAAUGCAACAGAGGCAACAUAUGGAAAAUGUAAGUCUGGGAGCUGAAACAUCAAAACAUGAUCCUGCAAGCUCGAUGGAUGAGCAAGUUGAAUUGCAGAGUCAAAUGCGAUCCAUCGACGUAAAUGAUGUGUCGAAAACGCAGGUUGACCAUGAAAUUGAUUACUCUGAGGAUCAUGCUUCCGAGCAAUCCGACAAGAAGAAAAAGAAGAAAAGAAAAAACAAAAAGACCAAGAUGGCAAAUACUGAAAAGGAAGCAGAGGAGAGCCAAGUUGAUGAGCCAGUGCAAAAGCCACCAGAAGAUGUCUCACCUCAAAGCAAGACAUUCAGUGCAGUAAAGAAAGAUGGAAUGGAACAACCUCAGAAACUUAAUCAGGCACAGCUAGAGAAAGAAGCACUUCUGAUGAAAGCCAGGGAAAGCAUUCUUAGGAAAGUCUUUGAGAGGGGUGUCAGCGAGAAACAGGCUGCCGAAGAAUUAGAAGCAUUACGUCAGGGGUCAACGAAAGAACGGCAUGUGACAGGUCUGGAGCAAGCCAAGAAAGAGGAGAAAAUUUCUUCACUCCAUGCAAAGGAAAAUGAAGCUGAUGUAUUAUAUCAGAUAGACAAAAAUAAAAACCUGCUGCCUGGAGAUGUUUUAAUUGGGGCAGACGACACACAAACUCAUUUCCGUCAGACUGAUGAUGACAUUGAGAAAAAGCAGGACCUAAGCUGUACCGAGAGCUCAGGUGUUGCUAUGAACCCCAGUAAGCAAAUAUUAAAGCCCAUUAAAGGUUUAGAAAGGCAGGUUGGUGAGACGGGAGCAAAAAGUGAAAACCUGGGCGACUCUGCAACCUCCAAGGAGCCAUAUAAUACUCUUACUGGGGAAGAUGAAGACCACCAAAAAUCUGUUCCUGCUAUAAAAUUAGCCAACAGUUCUGAUGCCGUACCACAGGGUGAAGUAAAUACGUGUGUGCAAACCUCCGAAACAGAGCUGGAGGAUACAGUUUGCAAGGAGUCACUGCAAGCCAUGACGAAGGAAUCCGCUUACAUUGACAACGAAUUCAAAGACGAAUCAUCCAUUGAAGAGUCUUCAGAGUCAAGACUGUCUAAUUUAGAUGAGGUCCCAGAGUCUGAUACUACAGAAUGCUGGGAAGGGGAGGACUCUGAAGAAUAUCAAGAGGGUGUUGAUGAAAAAUGGGCUGAAGACCUCGUCAAUAAAGAGGGGACAACCCUACAGAUAAGCAAGUCCUCUUUGGUCCGUCAAGAAUGCCUAGAACAUGAUCAACAAAUCGUAGCACUGCUGUCCAUGGUGCGACACGCUGAAGUCCGUCUGAAGCAACAGCAGCAGCAGUUCAUGGGGAGGAGUCUUGCCACGCUUGAUGACAUCAUUAAACAGACAGAGGCUAUUGCACUAGAGCUCACUGAUUUGGAGCCCCAAGUAAACAGGGAGGUUGAAGCAGCCAAGCAGCUCCUGGAGUCACACAACGAGGAUGUCCCACCCCAGUUAGUCACAGCCCUGGAGAAGGACCAGCGGAGUUUGUCCCGUACAUUUAACGCUGCAAGAAAACUUGCUGAGAGUGCUCUGCAAGGGAUGCAAUCACAUCGUGAUGCACAGAAGGAGGCAGUGUGUAGCGAGUUGGAGUCUCUGACUCGAAGAGUAGACGGUCUUCUUGACUGGCUUAAAGACACAGACGCUCAGAUGGAGCAAGAAGCAGCUUCAUCUGAGGAUGGGAAGGUUAAAGGGACUGGAACAUUGGUGUGGCUCACUCAGAAACUGCAACAAGUCAAGGAUCUACAGGAGUGUCUCACAACCCGCAACAAGGAUGUAAACGCUGUGGCGUUUGACAUCCAAGUGUUCAUCUCGGAGCACGCCCAGGAUCUGGCACCUGAGCAGAGCAGGCAUCUGCUGGGACAGCUUCAGCAGCUCCAGAGUGCCUUUCACCAGGCCUCGGGGCGCACCCACGCCAGGGCUGAGGCCCUCUCGGUCCAACGAGUCAGAGAAGAAGCGCGAGAGUUGAAGGAACUCGAAAGGGCACAGGAGGAAAGACAGAGAGAGAAAGAGAGACAGACUGCGAGGGAGAGAGAGGCAGUGCAGCAGCAGAAAGCAGAGUGCUCGCAGAAGCUUGAAGGCCUCAGUAUGUGGUUGGCUGGUGCAGCGAGCCUGCUGGCCAGUCAGAGAACGGGAACCGAGUCAGAUGAUGUGAAUGUACUUCAGCAAAAGCACAGUGAGCUCAAGGAGGUGCAGAAAGAUCUUCAGACCAAAGGUGAUGGCAUGAUGGAGACAGUUCGGUCAGUGGAGGAGUUCCUGGCUGAGCGUGGCGAGGAUCUGAGCCCAGAGGAAAGGGCUAACCUGCAAGCAGCGCUGACACACAUGAAAGAGCAAUACCACGCCCUUACAGACACUGCGCAGUCCUCACUGGCUCAUCUGGACACAACUAUCAACACAACGCUUCAGCAAAACACACAAAGGGCUAAAGCAGAGGAGCAGCUGCAGGAGACUCAGGGAAAAAUAGACGUGCUGCUUAAGGAGUUAUCAUCACUGGACUCCUCUAGGAAGAAGUCGCUUAGCGAGACUGUUCCAGAUGCCAGCAUUCCAGCGGAGUCACUGAGCGCACACCGCGACGUGCUAAAGGCCGAAUUACAGCAGUUACAAGCCCAGCAGGCUCACCUCUUACAGGUGGCCCAGUCCACGCGCGCUCUCCUGGAGCAGCCAGACUCCAGUGUUCCCCCAGAGGAGAAGCAGCGCCUGCGCGCCAGACUAGAGCACCUCCAGAGCCAACACCAGGAACGUCUACAGAGCUGUCAGGAGAGACUAAGGCGGACCGAAGCACUUCAGGAUGACCUCUCCAAAUUCAUGGAAGAACAUGGCAACCUGGGAGCAUGGCUGGAGCAGAGUGAGAAGGAGCUGUGUUCCUUAAGGGAAGGAGAAGCUGAUGCACAGGGGCUGAAACACAGGCUGGAGGAGCACAAAAAGCUGGCAGAUGAUGUGAUCUGUCACAAGGCAGAUUUGCGCUUUGUGUCCAUUUCUGGACAGAAGGUCCUGGAUUCAAUACAAGGGACACAGGAAAGGGCGGGUGCUAUCGAUCCAGCUCUACAGGACACAAAGCAGCUUGUCAGUGAUAAGCUACAAGAUGCAACACAGCGCUACAAUUCUCUACAAAACAAGUCUGUCGAUCUUGGUACCCAUCUGUCCAGUCUACUGGAUCGGUACCAGCAGUACCAGGAUGAGGCUACAGCUCUGGAUUCUUGGCUCAGCGCUCAGGAGCAGAACCAGAGCAUAUUGAAACCUAGUGGAGAGCAGACAGAUACACAGACACUACAAAAUACACUGAAUACUGUCGAGCAUUUGCAGGAUGAGCUCACGGAACGCUCGUUGCAAUUGGAGAAGGUGAGGAAAGCUGCGAAAGUGCUCACCAGCGCCCAGGAAUUCCCCAAACUCAAAACAGCAGAUAUCAACACCACCACAGAUGCACUUGAGAAGCGGUUUGGAACUCUGUCAGAGUGUGUGUCUCAGAGAGCUGAGCAACUGCAGACUGCUGUCGCUCAGUCUGUAAGUGUUCAGGAGGGACUCAAGGCACUGCUGUCCUGGCUGGAUGGUCUAGCAUUAGACCCUGGACCAAUCCAACCGAGUGCCCAAGCAGUGCAAGAGGCCCUUACCCAAAAUCAGAAACUGCGGCAGGAAUUAUUGUCACGACAAGGCAGUGUCGAGGCCACUCGUGACUCCGUGUCCAAGCUGCUGAAAUCUGCAGAUGCAUCAACAGUUUCUGGUCUGCAGGGGGCACUGCAGGACCUGAGUCAGCGCUACGCCACAGCCCAGACCAAGCAGGCUGAAAAAGAAGCUGAACUGCGGGCAGUUCUGCCCAAGCUGGAGGGCUUCGAGCGCUUGAGCUCGGACCUUCGCGAUUUCAUCCAGAGCCGUGAGAGAGUUCUGAGCCUCGGGGGCCUGCCGGACCACAGCGUCGAGGAUUACAGACACACCAUAGAGGAGGUAAAAUCAGAUCUUGUCCAAGAAACAAGUCAGCUGAAGUCAUUUGUGGAGCUUGGUACAGACCUCAGCAAGUCAAGGCUAUUUGCCAAUGCGCGUAGCCUUGUAGACUCAACUAAAGAGGUGUCUGAAGAUUUUGCUCGACUAGAAGCCAGCGUCGGCGAGAAGCUGAAUGCCAUCCAGAGCUGUGACCAGCAGCUGGUGCAGUUCCGCUCGCUUUCCGGCUCCCUCCUCAGGUGGCUGCAGAUGGCACAAGAGCAGCUGCCUGUUAAAGAACCCAACUUCAACACAGAGGGCCUGCAGAGGAGAGUACAGCAGCUCAAGGACCUGCUGAGUGAAUGGGAGUCCCAGGGCAGUCGAGUUCAGGAGCUAAACAAGAGCAGCUCGGAGCUGGAGAGUCUGAUCAUCAGCAUCACUGCUCCACAAAGCAAGACUGGUGUCCCCACGCUCAAUGGUGCCGGUGGCUCCAGCAGUCUCAAUGGCAUUCAUACCUGCAGAGACCUGACUGAGAUCCAGGUGAUGGUGGCGGAUGUGAACAGCAGGUAUGAGCAGCUCGGUGGGGAUCUUCAGGAGAGGCAGAGCAGACAACAGGCUUCUCUGGAGUUGUGCCAGAAGGCCAGGCAGGACUCUGAGGCUCUGCUACAGUGGCUUGGUCCUCGGGAGCAAAGCCUGGCACAGGGGCAGACUGCAUCACCCUCACGGCCUGAGAUAGUGCGUGCCCAGGUGCGGGAGAACAAGACUUUGCUGUUGGAACUCUCAGAAUAUUCUGGAAAAGUGGAGGACCUAAAAAACACCCUAAAGCAGUUGAUACAAGAAAAUCCUGACUCCCCUGAAGCAGAGAUCUGGAAACAGCAACUGAAAGACAUAGAAUUUCGAUGGGAGAAAGCCAGUCAGACCGCAGCACAGAGACAGACAGAACUGGAGACGUGUGCUGACAGACUGGGCAACUUUGAAUCAGCAGCCAAUCAGCUCAGCCCCUGGCUGCGAGAGAAAGAGCUGAUGAUGAGUGUGCUUGGUCCCCUGAGCAUCGACCCGAACAUGCUCAACACUCAGAAGCAACAAGUGCAGUUUAUGCUGCGUGAAUUUGAGACACGGCAUGCCCAGUUCGACCAGCUGACCCAGGCAGCAGAGGGUAUCCUCUCACCAGUUGGGGAUCAGGGCUCUGGGGAAAGCCAGGAUGUAGCUGAGGUGAAGCAGGAGCUGGCCUCCAUCACCCAGCAGUGGGAGAACCUGACUUCUCGCCUGUCCGGACGUUCCGACCAGAUCGAACGUGCCCAGGGCACCAGCGAGCGCUUCCAGGCUCUGCUGAAGGAGCUCUCUCAAAGUUUGUCUCAGCUGGCUGAGAAGCUGGAUGCCCAGGCCUCACUUAGUGCCCAGCCUGAGGCCCUGCGCCAUAGGCUGAAGGAAACGGGAGAGAUCCGCGCAGAGCUCGAGCAGAGGAGAGGCCAGCUGGCCCAGGCUGAGCAGCUGUGUGCAGAGCUCAGUGCGAUUGUGGUGGAACCCUACCUUCGAGAAGAGCUGCAUAAGAAACUAGAGAGCGUCAGUGGCCCACUCAACAGCCUGGAGGAAAGAGCAGCGGAUGGCCUGUCCCAGCUGCAGGCUGCUCUCUCAAGCACGCAGCAGUUCCAGCAGAUGUUUGAGGAGCUCCGUGCCUGGUUAGAUGGGCAGGCUGCUGCAAAUAUACCCAGCAUGUCUGAUCCUCUCCCAUGCCAGCCUGAAGUUCUGCAAGCCCUGCUUGCCCAACAAGAAGAACUCCAGCGUGGUGUGGCACAACAGCGAGGGUCAUACGAGCUCAUCCAGGCUGAGGGAGCUUCCAUCCUGGCAUCGCUUCCUGCUGGAGAUGAGCGCUCAGCUCUGCAGGCUCGACUCGCCAAACUACGCCAGGACUGGGAGGAAGUAAACCAACACUUCACAGAAAAGCAAACGCAUGUUAAAGAGACCCUGGGCCGUGCCAUACAGUACAGGCAGCAUCGUGAUGAGCUGGAUCCUUGGCUGAAGGAGUGUGAGCAGAAAGAGGCAGAAAUUCAACCUUCUCUGGAGCCUGCUGCCCUCGAAGAAGCCCUGCAGAAAGCAAGGCAGUUAGGCCUGGACUUGGAUCGCCGUCGCCCCCUAUUGGAGACUCUGAAUUCUGCAGCUGACCAGCUCUUGGAGCAGAGUCGUACUGGAGAGGAGGAGGUGAGGGAUGAGAAAGCCCAGCUGAACCGCAGGCUGGAUGGCCUCUCUGAGAGAUUGCAUGGACGCAUGGCUCAGCUGGAGGAGCUGAACAGCAGGCUGAAAGAGUUUGAAGAUGGUAGACUGGCAGUAGACAGAAGAUUGGAGGCAGCCAGGCAUCAGCUGGAGGUGCAGGAAGCGUUGGGCCCUCAGGCAUGCAGUAACAAGAGUCUGGAGCGCCUGCGCAGCCAGCAAGAGGCUCUCGGGUCCCUACAGCCGCAAGUGGUAUAUCUGCGGGAUCUGGCCAAGGGGCUGGCACAGGACGCACCUCAGACAACAGGAGGCAGUGGAGAUGGAGGACAGAAGCUGGUGCAACAAGCUCAGGACACAGAGAGGGAGUUUGGAGAAGUGACUGAGAAGAUCGAGCAGUGCUGCUCUUCCCUCGAGUCACGCCUGCAGGGCGUAGGAGAAGUCCAGUCACACGUUCGCGAUGUCUUCUCGCGCCUGGCGGAUUUGGACGACGAGCUGGACAGCCUGAGCCCUGUGGGGCGGGACGUGGACUCCCUGGCCUCACAGGCAGAUGCAAUAAGGGGAUUCCUGAGGCGUCUGGCCUCACUGCGGGCUGAGCUCGAAGGCCAUGGCGGUGCCUGCACGGCCAUGCUAAGACGAGAAGGUAGCUCCCCCGACCUCCUCGCGCUCAGGAGGGAGACGGAGGCUCUGAGUCGCCAGGCAGCCAAGCUGGCCGAGAGGGGUCAGGGUCGCCUGGCACUCAUCGAAGAAGCUGAGGAGCGAGUGAAGGAGUUCUAUGCCCGCCUCACAGAGCUACAGGGGCUUCUCGACCGGGCAGAGGAAGGGUUGAAUGCACAAGGUGUCGUGGGAACUGAAGUGGAGGUCAUCAAACAGCAGCUCCAGGAAUUUAAGGCUGUGGAGCGAGAGCAGGUAGACAGCAUCCAGCCCAAACUGCACCACGUGAAUGCUGUUGGUCAGGGGCUAAUCCAGAGUGCAGCUAAACACACAGACACACAGGCUCUGGAGCAUGACCUGGAAACUACCAACCUGCAGUGGAACUCCCUCAACAAAAGGGUUGCCGAGAGAAUCGCUCAGCUCCAGGAAGCCCUUUUGCAUUGUGGGAAGUUCCAAGAUGCUCUGGAACCUCUGUUAAGCUGGUUAAGCGACACAGAGGAGCUAAUAGCCAAUCAGAAGCCUCCAUCAGCCGAGUACCGUGUGGUUAAAGCACAAAUCCAAGAACAGAAGCUGCUGCAGCGGUUGCUGGAUGACCGGCGUGGGACGGUAGAGAUGAUCCGGGCUGAAGGUGAGCGCAUUGCAGCCACAGCAGAGACACAAGACAGAGAAAAGAUCCAGAGACAGUUGCGAAGCUUGGGAGAGCAAUGGGCAGAUCUGCUGGAGAAGGCCAAUGCCAGGCAGCGUCAGUUGGAGGAGCUGCAGGUUCUGGCUCUGCAGUUCCAUGAGUCAGUGGAGCCUUUGGGAGAGUGGCUGAGUGCCACAGAGAGACGCCUGAGCUCCGCUGAGCCCAUGGGAACCCAGGCCUCCAAAAUUAGCCAGCAAAUCAGCCGCCACAAGGCCCUCCAAGAGGAGGUGUUGUCUCGGGAAAAAGAGGUGGACCAUCUAGAGGCCCUUGGCCAAUCUCUCUCCCCUCUCAGCUGUGCAGCAGACCGUGAUUGGCUCAAUGAGCGAGUGGGAGCGGUGCGCAGUGGGCACACAGAGCUGCGUAAUUGGUGCUCUCGGCGAGCGGCCAUGUUGGAGCAGGCCCUGGCCAAUGCACAGCUGUUUGGGGAGGAGGAGGUGGAGGUGCUGAACUGGCUGGCUGAGGUGGCCCAGCGCCUGGCUGAAGUCUCAGUGCAGAGCUACCAGCCUGAGCUGCUGGCUGAGCAUCACAAGUACACUCUGUCUCUGAAUGAGGAGAUUGUGAGCCGGAAGAAGACCGUGGACCAGGCCAUAAAGAAUGGACAGGCUUUGCUGAAACAGACCACGGGUGAAGAAGUGCUGCUGAUCCAGGAGAAACUGGAUGGAAUAAAGAGCCGAUAUGCAGAGAUGACCGCAGGCAGCAGCAAGGCCCUCCGUAACCUGGAGCAGGCACUGCAGCUCGCCACCCGAUUCGCCAGUGCUCACGAGGACCUCAGCCAAUGGCUCGACUCUGUGGAGGCAGAGCUUAAUACCAUAGAUCCAGACACAACACCAGCCUAUCAAGAGAGACAGAAGGACCUGAAGUGUGUGUCGGCUGAGAAGCGGCUCAUUCUGGACACAGUCAACGAGGUGGGAAGUGCAUUGCUGGACCUGGUGCCCUGGCGAGCACGUGAAGGUCUGGACCGUCUAGUGGCCGAUGCCAACCAACGCUACCGGCAGGCUGAUGAGACCAUUGCGCAAAGAGUGCAGCUAGUGCAGGCGGCCAUCCAGAGGUCACAGCAGUAUGAGGAGGCUGUGGAUGCGGAACUUGCGUGGGUGGGGGAGACUGAAAGGAAACUGGCCUCCCUGGGGCCUCUGAGUCUGGAGCCUGACGUGACCGUGGCUCAGCUCCAGGUCCAGAGAGCCUUCAACAUUGACAUCAUCCGCCACAAGGAUACGGUGGACCAGCUCCUCCACACACGAGAGGAUAUCCUGGAGAGCUGCAGUGAGCAGCAGAGAGAAGCACUGAAGGUAAAGACGGAUUCACUGAGUACUCGCUAUGAGGCAGUGAGUCAGAACCAUGCCGAGAGAUUCUCGGCACUGGAACAGGCUCAGGUGCUGGUGGCCCGCUUCUGGGAGACGUAUGAGGAGCUGGACCCAUGGCUGGGUGAGACAGAGGCCCUGAUAACCCAACUGCCUCCUCCUGCCAUUGACACCGAGGCUCUCCGACAACAGCAGGACCAGAUGAGGCUGCUGAGAGAGUCUAUAGCUGAGCACAAGCCCCACAUCGACAAGCUACUGAAGAUCGGCCCACAACUGGCUGAGCUGAGUGCCCAGGAGGGGGCGACACUGAGACAACGCUACAGCGAGGCUGAACGACGCUACCUGGCCAUCAAAGAGGACGUCAAAGGGCGAGCUGCAGCACUGGAUGAGGCCUUCUCUCAGUCUGCACAGUUCCAUGAUAAGAUGGACCCCCUGCUGGAGACCCUGGAGGGAGCAGUGCAGCGUUUGCGGCAGCCUCCUCCCGUGGCAGCUGAGGUAGAGAAGAUCCGUGAACAGCUGGCAGAUCACCGGGCAGCAGGACUUGAGCUGGACAAAUUGCUGCCCUCCUUUAGUGCCCUGUGUGCCCGUGGGGAAGAGCUCAUCACCCGCGCAGCACAUGAUGACCCAGCUGCUCAGGCGGUGCGCUCUCGGCUCCUGAGGCUCCGCUCCCUGUGGGAUGAGAUCAGACAAAGGGCAGAGGAGAGAGAGGGAAAACUGCAGGAUGUACUUGACUUGGCUGGAAAGUUCUGGGCUGAUAUGGCAGCGCUGCUGAGCACACUGCGAGACUCUCAGGAGAUUGUCAAAGAGCUAGAGGACCCUGGAGUGGAUCCAUCACUGAUCAAGCAGCAGAUUGAGGCAGCAGAAGCCAUCAAAGCAGAGACAGACGGUCUGAGGGAGGAGCUGGAGAUUGUUCGCACGCUGGGAGCUGACCUCAUCUUUGCUUGUGGAGAAACUGAGAAACCAGAGGUCAAGAAGACCAUUGAUGAGAUGAAUGCUGCCUGGGAAGGCUUGAACCGCACAUGGAGAGAGAGGAUGGAGAAACUGGAGGAGGCUAUGACGGCCUCUGUGCAGUACCAAGAUGCUCUGCAGGGUAUGUUUGACUACCUAGACAACGCUGUCAUCAAACUGUGCGACAUGCAAACUGUGGGAACCGACCUCAGCACCGUCAAACAACAAAUAGAGGAGCUCAAGCAAUUCAAGGUUGAAGUGUACCAACAGCAGAUAGACAUGGAGAAGCUGUGCCACCAGGGGGAGCUACUGCUCAAAAAGGUUGCUGACCAAGCAGACAGAGACAUGAUCCAGGAACCUCUCACUGAACUCAGGCACCUGUGGGACAAUCUGGGAGAAAAGAUCACUCUCAGACAGCACAAGCUGGAAGGAGCUCUUCUAGCCUUGGGUCAGUUUCAGCACGCUCUCUCUGAGCUGCAGGCCUGGCUAAGCCACACACAUGCCACCCUGGACACCCAGAGACCUGUCAGCUCUGACCCCAAAGCCAUCGAGAUCGAGCUGGCCAAACAUCACGUGUUGCGUAAUGACGUCCUGUCGCAUCGAGCCACAGUGGAGACGGUGAACAGUGCAGGCUCAGAGCUGCUGGAGUCCAGUCCUGGAGACGAGGCUAGCCACCUGAGAGACCAGCUGGAUGAGCUGAACCGCAGCUGGGACAGCUUACUCCUGAAGACAGAUGAGCGACAGAAACUACUCGAGACUGCGCUGCAGCAGGCGGAGGGUUUCCAUGGUGAGCUGGAGGAGUUCCUGCAGUGGCUGAGGCGCACAGAGAAUCAGUUAUCAGCAGCCAAACCCACAGGUGGCCUUCCAGAGACGGCCAGAGAGCAGCUGCAGCAGCACAUGGAGCUGCAGGCUCAGUUGACACAGCGUGGUGAACAGUACCACCGACUGCUAGAUCAGGGAGAGUCCAUGCUGUUGGCCAGAGGGGGUGAUGAGGGCAGCCCUGGAACCACUCAAACCCAGCAGAACCUGGCCCUGCUCCAAAACAAGUGGACCAGUCUGAAUGCCAAGAUGGACGACAGGAGGGGUAAAUUGGAGGAGGCUGUAUCCCUGGCAACAGGGUUCCAGUCAUCACUGCAGGACACCAUCAACUGGCUGACACAGGCAGAGCAGACUCUGAACAUGGCCCAACCACCUAGCCUCAUUCUUGACACUGUUCUCUUCCAGAUAGAUGAGCACAAGGUGUUUGUGAAUGAGGUGAACACACACAGGGAGCAGGUACUGGCUCUGGAGAAGGCAGGUUCUCAGCUGCGCUUUGCCAGCCUCAAACAGGAUGUGGUGCUCAUCAAGAACCUGCUGUUGAGUGUGCAAGCUCGCUGGGACAAGCUGGUGCAGAGGUCUCUGGACAGGGGACGGCACCUGGACGAGGCCCGCAAGAGAGCAAAACAGUUCCAUGAGGCCUGGAGGAAGCUGACUGAUUGGCUGGAGGAGGCUGAGAAAAGACUGGACUCUGAGCUGGAGAUCUCCAAUGAGCCUGAUAAAAUCAAAGUGCAGCUCACUAAACAUAAGGAGUUUCAGAAGGCUCUUGGUUCUAAGCAGCCAGUAUAUGACACCACAGUGCGCUCUGGGAAGGCGAUGAGAGACAAAGCUACACUGCCAGCUGACACACACAAACUGGAAAACCUCCUCGGGGAGGUCAGAGACAAGUGGGACACUGUGUGCGGGAAGAGUGUCGAAAGGCAGCACAAGUUGGAGGAGGCCCUGCUGUUCUCGGGUCAGUUUGCCGAGGCUCUGCAGGCACUUGUGGACUGGUUGUACCGGGUGGAGCCACAGUUGGCUGAAGACCAGCCUGUCCAUGGAGACCUGGACCUCGUCUCUAAUCUAAUGGAUUCCCAUAAGGCCUUCCAAAAGGAGCUGGGGAAAAGGACCGGUAGUGUUCAGGCACUGAAACGUUCUGCUCGGGAACUCAUGGAUACAGGCCGGGAUGACACCGCCUGGGUCAAAGUUCAGCUGCAGGAGCUCAGCAACCGCUGGGAGACGGUCUGCGCACUGUCUGUCUCCAAACAGACCCGUCUCCAGCAGGCUCUCAAACAGGCUGAGGAGUUCCGCACAGCUGUGCAGAUGUUAUUGGAGUGGCUCUCGGAGGCAGAGCAAACCCUGCGUUUCCGAGGCAUCCUGCCAGAGGAGGUGGAGACCUUGCAGGCCUUGUUACACACGCAUCGUGACUUCAUGCAGACUGUGGAAGAAAAGAGAGUGGAUGUGAACAAAGCAGCUGGCAUGGGCGAGGCCAUACUUGCAGUGUGCCAUCCCGACUGUAUCACCACCAUCAAACACUGGAUCACCAUCAUCAGGGCCCGCUUUGAGGAGGUUUUAACAUGGGCGAAGCAGCAUGAGCAGCGGCUGGAGGCAGCACUCUCAGAACUACUCAACAAUGCAGCGCUGUUGGAAGACCUGUUGUCAUGGCUACAGUGGGCGGAAACGACAUUAGUGCAACGUGACACUGAGCCCCUCCCCCAGGACAUCACUCAGCUUAAAACGCUGAUCACAGAGCACCAGGUUUUCAUGGAGGAGAUGACUCGUAAACAGCCUGAUGUGGAUAAAGUGACAAAAACCUACAAGAGAAAACCAUCAGAAACUUCUAGCAGUCUUGCUGAGAGACGGGGUGUCCGUAAGCAGCAGCAACAGCAGCAGCAGCCUGCCAUGCAGGUAACCGGAGGAAACCCUCGCCUUAACCAACUCUGCUCACGAUGGCAACAGGUUUGGCUACUGGCCCUGGACCGCCAGCGCAAGCUCCAUGAUGCCCUCGACAGGCUAGAAGAGCUGAAAGAAUUUGCCAACUUUGACUUUGAUGUAUGGAGGAAGAAGUACAUGCGCUGGAUGAAUCAUAAGAAGUCUCGCGUCAUGGACUUUUUCCGGCGCAUAGACAAGGACCAAGAUGGCAAAAUCACUCGGCAGGAAUUUAUCGAUGGCAUCCUGGCUUCAAAAUUCCCCACCAGCAAGCUCGAGAUGACCGCAGUGGCUGAUAUCUUUGACCGUGAUGGUGACGGUUACAUUGAUUACUACGAGUUUGUGGCAGCUCUGCACCCGAAUAAAGAUGCUUAUCGACCUACUACAGAUGCAGACAAGAUUGAAGACGAGGUCACCAGACAAGUGGCCCAGUGCAAGUGUGCGAAGAGGUUCCAGGUUGAGCAGAUUGGGGAGAACAAAUACAGGUUCUUCCUUGGGAACCAGUUUGGGGAUUCUCAGCAGCUGCGUCUGGUGCGGAUCCUGCGCAGUACAGUCAUGGUUCGUGUGGGAGGGGGCUGGAUGGCGCUGGACGAGUUCCUGGUCAAGAACGACCCUUGCAGAGUGCAACACCCAGGACUUAAAAUCCUUCGCUCCGACUCCAGCUGCUCCAUAUCAUCUCGUAUAGCACGUGGACGUACCAACCUGGAGCUGCGCGAGAAGUUCAUUCUUCCCGAAGGAGCCUCACAAGGUAUGGCAGCCUUCCGCUCCCGUGGCCGACGCUCCAAGCCUUCAUCACGCACGGCCUCUCCAACGCGCUCCUCCUCCUCAGCCUCGCAGAGUGCGCAGAGCUGUGCCUCAGUGCCCUCUGCCCCUGCUACGCCCACUGCCUCCUCAAGGUCCUCCCAAUCUCAAACGCGGGGCUAUGCCAAGCCCUGGCUGGCACACAGUAAAACUCCAACUCCAUCCAAGUGCCAGUCCUGCCCAGAGCACGGCCACACCCCUGGGCACGAGGGAGGCUCCUCAUCCAAGCUUAAAAGGCCACCUUUCCAUUCCAGCCGUGGAUCUCUGACGGGUGAAAAUGGUGGAACCACACCUGCUGCUAAACCGGCGCGCUCUGACACCAAGCGCACUACGUCCUCAGCCAGCGGACCUGCGAGUCGUGCAGGGAGCCGCGCAGGGAGCAGAGCCAGCAGCCGCAGGGGCAGCGACGCCUCCGACGCUUCUGAGCUGAUGGAGACGCGCUCAGCCUGCUCCGACACUUCAGACACACCGCGCCGCCCAGGCGCGAAACCCUCCAAAAUCCCAACCAUCUCCAAGAAGACCCCCAGUUCCAAAACACCAACGACUAAGAAGUAGCGCGUUUUCUCCAUGAACAGGUGGAGAUGGGGGACAGGAGCACAAAGGCGCUGAUGUUGAUGCUGCACCACUUUUUUUUUUUUUUCUCUCCGUAGUGCGUGCCACUCAACCUACCUGACCACCAGCACAGGCGUGUAGGAUUAAUGAGAUUAGAGAACUGGAACAUCUUUCGCUCCUCCAGCUGUACUAAAAACACCUGGACGCUGCUGACCCCAGAACCGCCCCCGAUAACAACCAUAACAGUGCUGCCUUAUUUGUGUCACAAUUUGACUGACGACUUAGUUUCUUGAACAUGUGACUGAGCAGGAAGGCAACUAACACGUGGAGUGAGUGGUACGACCACUGGAACUGGGAUUUAACCUUAGCCCAAGUUAAUAUGCAAUGGCGAGCCACUCUUUAGCGCUGAGACUGGGAGAGAUGGCACGGCCACGAUUCCAAUACUGACUCUCAUAGGCACACAUUUCUUUAGAAUUUCUGUGAAACAAAAAACAGUGGUAAUGAGUCUGACCUUUUCUCAACUGUAUGCAAAGCUACUUGUGGUUUAGCAGAUUUUAUUCUGAAACGACUCGCAAACCUCAAAGUAUUCUGCACCUAGAUCAUGUGGUGUGUGUGUGUGUGUGUGUGUGGCUUGUGUGCUAAUUAAUUUUCAUGGUGGACAAACUGAACAACAGUUCAAGGAAGUGGUGAGCGAUUAAUCAUCUCAUCCUUGUUAGGGAACCAGAAGUUUGGUCAUGUAACCACAACGUCCCUUCUUGUCUCAACAAAGAGUCCACUAAAACACUCCUGAUGGCAUUUGAUAUCCAUCUGAUGGCCAUUUGUUUGUUUCUACGUCCAACGAACGUAGAAAGUCAUAAAAUCCUGAGAGCACUUCUUCAGUGACUCGUACAGCAGAAUUUCACGCAUGCACUGACAUUUUCCUUUUAAACCUGAUGCUAAUAAAAUCGGGCACACUCACCUGUGUUUUAACCAUGAUUAGUUACACAUAUCAUGUUACAGAGAUCUUUUAGUUGCUUCACGUUAUGAGAAACCCUUCAAGAAAUUGUGAAUGUUUCAUGCUUAAUUUAUAAUCCUAAUGUAUUUUUGUUUUGCUGGUUUCUUUUCUAGUGUAAAAAAAAAAGUGUAUUUAUUUUUCAUUACGGUAUAAUAUCACAUUCUGGGAAACUCUAGUAUUACAUUAUGUCUAACGAUUUUGUGCUUUGUGUUUUUUGCCUUUGUUCUAAUGAUUUUUCUGAUAAUGGUCAUUACUGAUAUAAUGGACCACGAAGCUGACUGAUUUCACUGGUGGCCUUUUUGCCAGCGAUUACAGCCUCUAGAUCAUGUCGAAAAUUGCUUCCCAAUUUGUUGUUGGAAGCUCGUGUAGAAAGUCGGAUCGCGGGGCUUUGACCACACGCCCCAUGAAACGACUGUACACUUAGCCUUGUCUUUGACAAGUUGAAGCAUAUGAAUAUCUAAUGAAAGUUGAAAUGGGAAGGUAAUUUUUAUUUAUUUAUUGUGUCUAAGGGAGGGGAGGGGGGUAAGGGCUAUGAAACGGAUUCACCUUUCGAGUCUGUGCAACUCUCUCAGUAUGAUGAAGAGAUUGGAACGGGUGCGGUUGUGUACAAGUGAAAAGUUAAGAUUAUAAAAUCUUUUUUUUUGUUCUUUUUUUUGUAUUAAAAUUAUGCUUGCAGUAAA